AUGACUUCUCCAUUUGUUUUAGUGAAGAUUCUAAAACUUUAUCAAAAGGAAUAUUAUGAUGAAUAUGUUUUACCUUUAUUACGUAAGCCAAAAAUAACAUUUGAUAUCAAACUUGAUGACUCGUUUUUGAUAACAGAUAUUAGACGCAAGGCUGAAAAUCAUCAGUAUAAAAACAGUUCUGAAGUAAUUGAGGAUUUAUCACGUGUAAUCCGUUUUGUAGAUUGUGGAAAUAAAUAUUUCAUUCAAAAGGACUAUAAUAUCCACGACAAAAUGAAUCAAAUAUCAUUUGUUCUUCAGUCAAACAUGAAAGAGUCACUCAAAAUGAUUAAAUUAUUUAAAGAAGAAGGUAAAACCAUAACAGCAUGGGAUGUACUACUAAAUCAAUUGUCUUCAUUAACCGUUAAGGGUGUUUGCUUUAAAUCUGAUUCCCCAGAUGUUUUCUCAACGUUUCAAGGUUAUAAAUACAACGUUCUCGAAAAACCAGAUUACUCAAAAAUUGAGAUGUUUAUGAAUUUCAUUAAAGAAGCCAUUUGUGAUAAUAACGAUGAAGUGUAUAAAUACCUUCUCGGCUGGAUUGCAUCAAUGAUUCAACAUCCCGGAAUCAAGAAUGAAACAGCAAUUAUUUUGAAAGGACUUCAGGGAACAGGUAAAAACAGAUUUACAGACAUUAUUUCUGAACUUCUCGCUGGUUAUUCAUGUAAAAACAUUACCGAAAUAAGUGAGCUAACGGGUAAUUUCAAUUCAGUAGUUGAAAAUAAAAUGUUUCUUGUACUUAAUGAACUCAAGAAUGUAGGUGAAGACAGACUCGCAAACUUCAACGCUUUGAAAUCAAUUAUAACGGAUAAUGAGAUUAGAAUUAA